AUGUAUGCUGUUCGGCUUAUUUGUGGUUUACAUACUAGUUUACAUAGCAUACUCUUAUACUAUGUACAUGGCAUAUGGCACGCUGUAAUACUUGCUGUGAUAAUGAUCCAGGCACAUUUAUAUUUAAUUUACGUGGCCUAUUAUGACUGCUCGGCGUUUAGUUUUGUGGGCGCACUUAUCUCAUGGAUACUGGCGUUGGUGGACUUGUUUGUUGGCGCCAGACUAAACAUGUCGGGCAAAAUACGCUUUGUUACAGUGUGUAUAAAAUAUUUGCUCAUGGUAGCUUAUGUCUGCCAGAUUGUGUUUGCUCUGGUCAAUUUUGUGUCCUACAACCAUGGUGAAAUUGCCACCAGCACCCGAUUGUAUGACAACAACCAGACUAUCACUGACGAGAUUAAUAUUUAUCGCAUGUUUGAUAAAUCAGGCGUGGCAUUACAUGUGGCGACUAAUUUGGCAAUUAUUAUAAUCAUGCUUAUGAUUGUUAAUAACAAAUGUUAUACUUAA